AUGUCAUCAGAGCCAGUGAUGGACACGGAGAGCAGCAGGAGAGGCCUGAAGAAGCCAUGUCCAUUCAGCAUUGAGGACAUCCUCUCCAGCCCACCAGAGAAGAGCCCCCAAGUCCUGGUCCCACUGUGCCUGCGGGGCAUCUUGGAGUGUGGUCCCAAGGGGGUGUGUGAGCUGGAGCCCAUCCCAGCGGGUUCCCUACGGGAGGAGGAGGAGGAGGAGGAGCUGGAAGGGGGAGGUUGUAACUGCUGCUGCUGUUCCCACACCGGUGCCCGCUCCCUGCAGGAGUCCUCGAGUUGGCUGGACACCCGCUUCCCCUGGCCCAUGAGGCUCCUCCACUCGGCAGUCAGGGUCUGUAGAAGUCCCCAGGGGAACCCGACCGAGCUGCAGAAUUUCCACCAGAUCCAGCGCCGGACCCGCCGGCACAGAACCAUAUUCACUGAGGAGCAGCUGCAGGCCCUGGAGACACUUUUCCUCCAGAACCAGUACCCGGACGUCAUCACCCGCGAGCACCUGGCCAACCGGAUCCACCUGAAGGAGGAGAGGGUGGAGGUUUGGUUUAAAAACCGUCGGGCCAAGUGGCGGCAUCAGAAAAGGGCAUCUGCUUCAGCUCUGAUCCUUCAAGGCACCAAGAAGCCCCCCGGGAACAGCUCUUAGUGCUCAGGGGCUGCACCUCGGCAGAGGAAAACCAAGAAACAUCCCUUUCCCACAGCCAGCAGGUUCUGUAGGGGGGGU